AGACACUCUUUAGGGCACUGACCUGUCGACAGAACAGUGUUUUGCUUGACUUUGCUGCUUGCCUAGGUAAAACAUAGCUCCAAAACUAGUCUUUAACGAGGAAAAACGACACCAGGCAGGAUGAAGUUGUUGGCAUGUAUGUGGGCUUCGUGGGCACUUGCCUUAUGUUCGAUCCAUGCAACCAAAGAUAUCUGCAACGCAAAGCCCAAAGACUUACCCUUGGAGCCAAUGUGCAUCUAUCGCAACCCGGAUGAGAUCCAACCAAACAAAGAGCCAGAGAAUAUCCCACCUGGAACCAACGCUCGAGUGUGGGAACUGUCCAAAGCCAACAGCCGCUUCGCCCUCUCGCUUUUCAAGCAGCUUGCAGAGGGCAAAUCCAAUGAUGAAAACAUCUUUCUGUCACCGAUUAGUAUCUCAACAGCUUUCGCCAUGACAAAGCUAGGGGCUUGUAACACAACGCUGGAGCAGCUCAUGAAAGUGUUUCAGUUCGAUACAAUAAAGGAAAAGACAUCAGACCAGGUCCACUUCUUCUUCGCCAAGCUGAACUGUCGUCUGUACCGCAAAAAGCAUGAGACAACAGAACUGAUCUCUGCAAACCGUUUGUUUGGAGACAAAUCCACAACUUUUAAUGAGACCUUCCAGCACAUUAGUGAGAUGGUCUAUGGAGCCAAGUUGAUGCCUCUCGAUUUUAAGGAGAAAGCGGAAGCAUCAAGGAUGACGAUAAAUGAAUGGAUUGCGAACAAGACCGAGAACCGAAUAAAAGAUACCCUGCCAGAAGGUUCAAUAGACACCAACACCAUAUUAGUCUUGGUGAAUGCGAUCUACUUCAAAGGGCAAUGGAAAAACAAGUUUGAUAAGCAAAAUGUCAUGAAGUUAGACUUUCAUGUCAGCCCAACGCACAAAUGUCCAGUCCCCAUGAUGUACCAAGAGAAGAAAUUCCAAUAUGCCAAAAUUCCUGAGGACAAAGUCAAGAUCCUUGAAUUGCCCUACAACGGUGGGGAUAUCACAAUGGUGCUCAUCUUACCCAUUGAAGGCGCAACCCUGUCGGAAGUGGUGGCAAAUAUGAACCUCAAGAAACUUGUCGGCUGGCUCCAUGCCAUGAAAGAGACCACAGUAGCUGUGCAGAUUCCUCGUUUCCGUGUUGAGGACAGUUUCAGCCUCAAAGAGCAGCUGAAGAAAAUGGGCCUUGAACAUCUUUUUAGUCCAGCGAAUGCCAGUCUCCCAGGGAUGGUUGCUGAUGCUGAAGGACCCAACUUGUUCAUCUCCGAUGCUUACCAUAAGGCCUUCCUUGAGGUGAACGAGGAAGGUAGUGAAGCUUCUGCCGCCACAGCGGUAGUUGCUACUGGACGUUCCCUGAACAUCUUCCGAGAGCAGUUUGUUGCAGACCAGCCUUUCCUACUGUUUAUUCGUGAGUCCAGUAUCAAUGCCUUGAUCUUCACUGGUCGAGUCGCAAAUCCAUGCAGGAGCAGCUAAUAUGGAUCUGGCACUGAGGACAAUUGUUGAUCGUCCUUGUCUAGGCUGCUUUAUUCCUUCCAUCACCCCUUAAAAAUGAUUUUUAAAAUUGGUCCCAAUAUAUCCAUUUGUUUUGUUAGUUUUUUUGUCAGUAUACCAAGCAAGCACUGGCAACAAACACAGCAAUAGGUUGGGUAGAUGAUUUGGAAAUAAAAGGAGGCAAGGAAUAGGUACAGACACUGAACAAGGAUAAAACAAGUUUAUUUUUUUUCAUAUUAGAAAUUUGGGUUUAGCAGUAUCACACAAUCUGGGCUUACAUAAUUAUACAUUGAAAGAACAUAAUUAAAAAUCCUUCACAGUUACACUUAAAGUGCUUUAUUUCUAUAUAGAAGAAUGGACUUGACACACUGCCAGUAAGGAAACGAAAAUAAACAUAGUGGUUAUUGUGAAGAUGGCAUUCACAUUAUUAACGAUUAACUUUCUGAUUCCUGUACCAUUUUAAAUGCAAAUUUGAAGCAAUCAUAAACGCAGAUUAAUCUCAAAUAAGUAACUAUACCUUUAAUUGCCUAUCAAUAUAAUUUCUCAAUUCUUAAAACAUUUGCUAUCUUAAUAAAUAUAUUGGUCUACUAUUAAAACUUUAAGACAACUAUUCUCGUGUUUUGGAAUUUGGACCUUUUUUUUCCAAGAAUAAAAUAUUUUUUGCUUUAUCGUGGUUUUGUAAAAAUUUAAUAUUUUAUGAAGUAUGGUUUAAAUUAAAGUGAUUAAAUCUUAUAAGACACAUGGAAAGAACUUUACAGACUAUAUUGCUUUUGCAAAUAAAACAAUAUAGCAUGACAACUCGUAAAAGGUCAAUAUUUUGGCUUCUGUUGGUGCAAAUUUAGAUGCCUGGAAUUGUCUUGAUGUUUGGCCAUUACAAAAGACAGACAACAUGCAAAUAAACAAUUUCUACUGAAGGUCAGUAGAAGAACAA